AUGGAAUUCCAGGUGGUAAUUUGCUGUGGGAAGGGUAAGAACCUCUCUCCUUUCUCUUCGGUGCGUCAGAAUGGUAUUCCAAAGGCUCUUAUACCAAUUGCCAAUCGUCCAAUGAUUCAUUACAGUUUGGAAUGGUGUGAUAGUGCUCCAUUCCAUUCGGUCAUUGUGGUCACUGAUACCUCUUCUAAAGAUGCUGUUACUGGUGCCGUAAAGAAAUAUGAAGAAAAAAGAAAUAAGGAAUUGUUUAGUCAAGUAGAAGUUGUGGGUCUUGACAUUGAAGGCACAGGAAGUAUCGUGAAAGCGUUAACUGAUCAAGGAAAGAUCACUAGAGACUUUGUGUUGUUGUCGUGUGAUUUUGUGACUGAUCUUCCUCCUCAGAUAUUCAUUGAACAAUAUCGUAACCGUGGGGAAAAUGAUAUUGGGAUGUGUACUUACUAUAAGAACAAUUUUACCACCAUCGAUGAAAAAAAGAGUAAUUUGAAGAGAUAUUAUACUUGUUAUACCACAGAUAAAUACGGGGAGAACCACUUGUUGGAUAUUUACUCUAAGUCAUCGAUCGAGAAAACCAAAUUCUUGAACCUUAGAACACAAAUGGUGUGGCGUAACCCAAAGGUUAAAGUUUCUUCAAAAUUGUUGGAUUCAUUUAUUUACUUUUGUUCACUUAAAACUAUACAAAUUUUGGCAGAAGAAGAUUACGACUUUGAAUACAAGUCAUGCACCAAGAUCAUGAGAGAUUUGGCCAGACGUUCAUGGCGUCAUACCGUUCCAAAAGAGUCCAUUAACAUGUUCAUAUUGCCAGAUGAAUGUACAUUUGCUCGUUCUUCUAAUUUAUCUAUUUAUUUGGAAGCUAAUAGAUGGAUCAUGCAAAAUGAACAUAUGGAAAACAUCAAAAAAAUCCAGGCUGGUCAAAUGGCUCCUCCACUAGGUAAAAAGGACAAAAAUUCACCAAAUGUCGGUCCAGAAUCCCAAAUUGGGCCAGAAACUACGAUUGAAGAAAAAACCAAUAUCAAGAAAACUAUCAUUGGUGCCAAUUGUAAAAUCGAUAAAAGAUGUCGUAUUGCUGGGUCAGUUAUUUUAGAUAAUGUGACCAUUCAAGAUGACGUAUUUUUGGAAAAUUGCAUAAUUGGUGAAAAGGUGACAAUUGAAUCAAAGGUCAAAUUGAUCAAUUGUAAUGUGGAAAAUGGUUACACUGUUGCAAAGGGAAAGAACCUUAAAGGUGAAACCUUGUUACAAAUCCAGUUGGCGAACUUUGAUCCUGAAGGCCUUUUUGAAUUGAGCGGACCUGGUCUUACUAUUGGUGACUCAGCAAUCACUGAUGACGAUGAAGGUGAUGAUGAUGAUGAUGAUGAUGAUGACGACGAAAGUGAUAAUUUCAUUGAAGAUUUCGACGAAGAUUUGGAAGGUGAUGACUUGUUUGAUCGCUAA